UAUACUAGUGUGUGUUGUCGUUUUUCGCAGGCAUAGCGGACUCUGUACUUUCUCUUGACGAUACUACGAGACAGUUUCAAAACUGUGCUUUAAUCUUCGUUACGUUCACCGGCUCUAAUCGUCUUUACGUUCACUGGCUCGUUUUGUGGGAAUUUGCGUUUCCGGGUGAGGCUUACGUAAUUGCCUACCAGGGAAUCGACGUCUCUCAAGAUGUCGGGCAAAAUGUGCCAAACGGCGAGCUAUCUUUGGUCUACAAAAGACAUUCUAGGCCAAGGAGCGACCAGUGGGGUCUAUCGUGGACGUCACAGGAAAACUGGUGAGAUGGUUGCGGUGAAGAUGUUUAAUAAGGCAAGCUAUAUGCGCCCGCGAGAGGUGCAGGAACGUGAGCUGGAAAUGAUGCUGAAAUUAAAACACCAGAACGUUGUGCGGUUGUUGGCUAUUGAGCAGGAAAUGUCUACAAGGAACGACGUCAUUGUCAUGGAACUGUGUGCUGGUGGUAGCUUAUACAACGUGCUCGAGAAACCAGAGAACUACUACGGCCUCGAAGAAUCCGAAUAUCUUCGCUUUCUGAGAGACUUCAUUGCCGGAAUUAAGCAUUUACGAGGGCUAGCUAUCAUACAUCGAGACUUGAAACCUGGAAAUAUCAUGCGAGCUGUUAACGAGGAUGGAAGCUACACGUACAAACUGACUGAUUUUGGAGCUGCAAGAGAACUUCUACCAGAUGAGAAUUUUCACUCAAUAUAUGGCACAGAAGAGUAUCUGCCUCCCGAGAUGUAUGAAUAUGCUGUAAUGAGAGUAAAUAGACAGCAGAAGUUUGACUCAACAGUGGACCUUUGGAGCAUUGGAGUGACAAUGUACCAUGCUGCAACGGGCAGUCUUCCAUUUCGGCCAUUUGGUGGGAGAAGCAACAAAGAAACAAUGCAUGCGAUUAUCUCUAAGAAGCAAUAUGGUGUAAUAUCAGGAAUUCAACGAAAAGAGGGAGGCGAGAUUGAGUGGAGCAAAAAGCUACCACAGACUGUUCAAAUUAGCCCUUCAAUUGCUGCUGAGCUUGAGGAAGUACUGAAGGAUGUCUUAGAGAAUGACAAGAGUAGAACAAUGUCGUUUGACUUGUUUAUUCGUGUAUGUGAGGCAAUUGUUUCUAAGCGGUGCAUUCAUGUAUUCUCUAUGAGUAACUCAAUGACUAAUCGUAUCUACAUAAGCACAACUGCAACAUUUCAAGAGUUUUGUACAAGAGUGGAAAUGCAUACCGGCGUUCCUGUGAACGAGCAAGAGUUCUUCUUCAACUACAGUCCAUUGAAAGGCACAGAUUACCCAUCUGUGUCGGCAUUUCCUGAAACAGAGGCAGAGAAUCCUUUAAUACUAUUUGGAGGUCAAUUUUUAAGGUCGACUGCAUUGAAAUGCUUGUACUUACCUAACAUUCCUUCGUCAAGUGUGUCUUCACAUGUUGAUCUUACUGCCGAUGAUCAUAUGGCAAAGAGCUUUCUUGCUUUGUGUCAUCAGUUGAAGCGUGUAACACAACAGAUAUACCAGAUCUGCAGAUUGAUUGCAGUCUCAUGUGAGACCAUCAGCCGACAGAUACAACAUAAAUGGUUAAUGUUAGAGCAGCAGUCAGAAUUAGUCAGUGCAAAAUGCAAAGCAGUUCAAGUGAAGUACGACAGCUUGUUGGAAAGACAUGACACAGAACUGCGCAUGUUGCGUGUUAUGUUUAGCAGAAUCUCUCACGACAUUUCGGUUGACGAGCGACAUCUUACGGAAACUGCAAAUUCAAAGAAGUUGCAACGAAGGAGGCUGGAUGAAUGUUAUCAGCACAGCGGGCCUGAACGAGAAGGAUCGCCACGUAUGCUGUGUGAGAGCUGGAAGGAGGGCUAUCUGCCACACUUCAGGGGACUAGACAAAUGUGAUGCUCGGGUAGAUCACCUUCUAAAAGGUGUGGGAGAAAUCCGUGAGAUGUUUCACAAAGAAAGACGGCAAGGACGCAUUUCGUUUCAUGAUGAACACAGUCAUACGUUUGAGAAGACACGGUUACAAGAAAUGUGUAGGCACAUGCGGACCAAAGCCAGUGACUGCAUCAGAAUUCGAGGAUUUCUUCAUGAUCAACUUGCAACAUGGGCCAGGAGAGUCUCCAGUCAUCGUCUUCAUGUCUCUCAAAUGCACAAAGAUCAGGAUGCGAAACUCGCAGCAUUUGAGAAGCUUGAGAAAGAAUUGACUGAUUGGCAAGAUAUGUUUGAGAGAAGCACAAAAAAGUUGGUUGCAAUUGCAGAGAGCAAGACGAGUGAGGAAGACAGUGAGAAAUCACUUUAUGCAAGCACAAGUCUGAUGUCAGAGCUUGCAUCUUCGAUCAAGGAGCUUAAACGAGUCCAAAGGAACAACUACCAGGAGUUGAGUGUACAAGCGUCUCUUUUGAAAGAUCUGGAUGAAAGUACACUGAGGGUCGAAAGUAUAAAAGAAACAGAAGAAACGACGAUGAAGACAGUGACAGCAGUUGAUGAAAUCUAGUCAAGGCAUCAGUGUAUAGGAGUAUUGAGUUUACAGAGCUUGUACAAUGUUUUGAUUGUUUAUAUUUUUACAUACUAAAGUGUAUAUGACACACGUAA